CCGCGCGACAGGGAACCAGCCGGGCGUGGCCCUGGGCGCGACCGGCGAGAACCAGCCGCUCGGGGGUGGUGGAAGAGGCAGUGAGGAGAGCGCGACGGCAGCGGAGCCAUCGGUGGACGACCCGAGGGAAAGCGAGGCCCAAGCCUGUGCAUCUAGUCACCACCUUCGGAACCACCUCAGCCAUCCUCAGCCUUUGAGACCAGCCAACACCGUUUUUUGUUGUUGUUGUUUUUAACCUUAACUCCUUUUACUGAACAACCAUGAGCUCCCAGAUUCGUCAGAAUUAUUCCACCGAAGUGGAGGCUGAGGUCAACCGCCUGGCCAACCUGCAUCUGCGGGCCUCCUACACUUACCUCUCUCUGGGCUUCUAUUUCAACCGUGAUGAUGUGGCUUUCCAGGGUGUGGGCCACUUCUUCCGAGUGUUGGAGGAGAAGAAGCUCAAGGGUGCUGAGCUUCUUUAUAAGAUGCAAAACCAGCGAGGUGGCCGCAUAGUUCUCCAUGAUGUGCAGAAGCCUUCCCACGAUGAGUGGGACAAAACUCGGGACAAAACUCAGGACGCCAUGGAAACUGCCCUGGCCUUGGAGAAGAACCUUAACCAAUCCCUUUUGAAGCUGCAUGCCCUGGGUUCUGCCCAUAAAGACCCUCAUCUCUGUUACUUCCUGGAGAAACACUUCCUGGAUGAGGAGGUGAAACUCAUCAAGAAGAUAGGCGACCUGCUGACUAACCUCCGCAGACUGGUCGGCUCCCAGGCUGGGCUGGGUGAUCCCCAGUCUGGGCUGGGAGCUUCCCAGCUGGGCGAUUAUCUCUUUGAAAGGCUCACCCUCAAGCAUAACAAGGAGCCUUUGGAGCCCAGGGGCCUUUGAGAGGCCCCUCUGCAUUCCCCUGGUGUCUGGCUUUUACCUGAGCCUCUCCCCGAAACCACUAGCCAUUCUUUUAACCACCCUGAAGCCCUCUUCCAUGCAUUAGACCAAAUGGAAACAAUAAAAAGCUUUUGCAUCAAAGAAAACAAAAAAAGAAAAAUAAUUCAAUUUUUUGGCCUUGGCCAGGUAGCUCAGCUGGUUAGAGCAUCAUUCCAAUAUGUGAACGUUGAGUGUUGGAUCCCUGAUCAGGGCACAUACAAGAAACAACCAGUGAAUGCAUACAUAGAUGAAACAAUAAAUCAAUGUUUCUCUCUUUCUCUCCCUUCCUCUCUAAAAUCAAUCAAUAAAUAGCCCUAGCCGCUUUGGCUCAGUGGAUGGAGCGUUGGCCUGCGGACCAAAGGGCCCCUGGUUCCAUGCUGGUCAAGGGCAUGUACCUUGGUUGCAGGCUCUUCCCCAGUCUGGGUUCUGGUCGGGUCUCCUGCAGGAGGCAACCAAUUGAUGUGUUUUUCUCACAUUGAUGUUUCUAUCUUUCCCUCUCUCUUCCACUCUCCCUAAAAAAUCAAUGGAAAAAUAUCCUCGGGUGAGGAUUAAAAUCAAUCAAUAAAAAAAUUAAAAAUAAAAGAAUUCAAGCUUUGAGUGUGCAUAUGUGGUGUAGGAGCUUUGCAGUAUUGCA